AUGGCUGCAUCGUCUGGACAAACCCCAGAAAUCACCAUGACGCCGCCCGACGAAAAAAGGGUCCAACAAAGCAGAGAUGCCACGGCUAAAGGUUCUAGCUCUAACUCUAGCACCAGCACCAGCGCUCCCGCCGCGCGUGGUGACGAAGAGCAGAACAUGUCGCCGCUGGAGCGGGUCAAGUCGAAGUUUGGAGAUCGACCGGAAUGUUUUAAGAACACAUUCCAGGAGAUAUCGUUCAUCUUCCAGGCCACUAUCGCCACAGCCACGACAUCUUUCCUAAACGGCGUUGCUUUGGUUAUCACCGUCCCCGUUGCUCGUGACUUGGGCAUGACGCAGGGUGAAAUAGCGUGGAUUAGCGCUGCGACGUCACUUGUGGCUGGCGCUCUUCAGCUCGCCUUAGGCCAGCUGGCUGACUUGCUCGGAAGGAAACCCAUGUUUAUAGCCGGUCUGGCAAGUUUCAGCGCAUUCGCUCUGUUGUUAGCUUUCUCGCAAAACCCCUUCUGGAUGUUGAUUGUCUGCGGUAUCCUCGGCGCUUGCUCCGCUAUGGUUGUUCCGCCUGCUAUAGGUAUACUCGGGGCCGCCUACGCCACCCCUUCGAAACGCAAGAACUUGGCAUUCUCGGCAUUCAGUUCGGGAAACCCGCUAGGCUUUGUGUUCGGUACCAUCGUCUGCGGUAUUGUUACUCAGCUGAGUAGCUGGCGCGCUGCCUUUAUCGUUCUAUGCGUUGUCUGGGCUCUUUUCACUAUCCAUGCUUUCUGGGCUGUGCCGAAUGUAGAGAACUUUGACCGAGCUCCGCUGAAGGAACGACUAAGUGUGUUGAAGCAGUUCGACAUUGUCGGCACGAUCUUGACCAUUUCCGGGACAGGCUUGUUUACUGCUGGCUUAACACUGGGUCCUGAGGAUGGUUGGUCAAAGGCGCAUGUGAUUGCAAUGCUAAUUGUUGGCAUCGUAUUGCUUGUCAUGUUCGCCUUGUGGGAGAGAGUAUUUCCUAAUCCCCAGAUGCCUCCAUAUAUAUGGAAGGACUGGAAUUUUAGCUUCAUCAUCCUCAGCAUUGCUUUGGGAAAUAUGGGAUUUACCGCUAGUGGUUUCUGGGUAGCCUUCUUUUUUCAAGAAGUUAGACAGUGGUCUACCCUUGUAGUCGCCGUCCAUCUCCUUCCCAUGGCUAUCGCCGGGUUGCUUUGGAAUAUAGUCGCUGGCCGUAUCCUGCACAGUAUCAACAACACGGCCAUCAUGAUCUUCGGCGCUGCAUGCUAUCUCAUUGCCAACAUACUACUCUCCGUCAUGAAGAUCGAUACAAGCUACUGGGCUUCAGUAUUCCCUGCCUUAAUUCUACUCGUUGCUGGUGCUGAUUUCCAGUUCAACGUAGGCAACAUGUACGUGAUGGAGUCGUUACCCAAGGACAAACAGUCCUUAGCGGGCGGUAUUUUUAAUGUGGUUAUCCGCCUGGCCAAUACCGCCGUAAUGGGGGCUUCGACAGCCGUCUUUAGCUCGGUCCAGUUGACACCCGAAGGGAUGGCCGAUCCGAUGCUCAAAUUCACCAGAACUUUCCAAAUGUCCAUCGGAUUCUCUGCGGCCUGCUUGAUUAUGACCUGUUUUAUCCGGUUGGGGACGCAGGGGAAUUCUCCGAGCAAGGGAGAAGAAGGUGAGGGCAGCAAACCCGAAGAUUCUGAGGAUACAACCGUCAUCAUGAACAGUGCAGCUGGGAGCGACAAGGAGGAGAAUGUAGAUAAGAAAUAG